AUGGCGGACCACUGUGACGAAAUUGACUGCUGUCCUCUCUGCAUGGAAGAGCUGGACAUCACAGACCAGACGUUUAACGCGUGUCCGUGCGGGUACCAGGUCUGUCUCUGGUGCUGGCAUCAGAUCAAGAACGAGUACAAUGGACUGUGUCCAGCCUGUCGUCAGCCGUACGCAGAGCUAUCGAAGCAGAAGAAUCCACUGGACCGAGACGAAGUUGUACGACGCACCAAGCAGCGCAAGCAGAAGGAGAAGAAUGAGCGACGCUCGGCGGCACAGACGAAGCAGUCGAGCGGGAACCGCAAGAGUCUGCAGAACGUGCGCGUGAUGCAGCGCAAUCUGGUGUACGUCAUUGGACUGCCCGUGCCUUUUGCUGAAGAGGACGUGCUACGCUCGAACGAGUGCUUUGGCCAGUAUGGGAAGAUUGUCAAGGCUGUGGUGAACAAGUCGCAUUUGAGUGCAGACAGAGCAAACGCAACGGCCAGUGCCUAUAUUACAUUUGCUAGCAAGGAGGACGCACUGUGUUGCAUCGUGGCAAUUGACGGAUAUUACCUGGAUGGAAGCAUGCUGCGGGCCUCGUUUGGGACAACCAAGUAUUGCAACUUUUUCUUGCGAAAUAUGCAGUGCAACAAUCCGGACUGCUUGUACUUGCACGAGCUUGGCGACGAGGAUGAUAGCUUUACAAAAGAAGAAAUGCAAACUGCAUUACAUUCUGGAAAAGCAGCAUUUCGAGAUGCGGCGACAGCAAAUGGACUGGCAGAAGAGCGAGCAGGGUCCCGGUUUCCAUCGCCGCAUAGACCUAGCGCAUCAUCAUCCAGGGCAGGAAUGGUUGCUAGGGCAAGAUCUUCGAGUCCAGCAAGAGCAAGCACGUUAGCCAGAUUACACAACGAAGAGGUCUACGGAGAUACACAGCGACAUGCACAGAGCGCAGCAGCGAUAUCAAAGCUUAGACGAGCGACAGGCGAUUUCGACAAUAGUUCAGGGUCUUCGUCGGCAGAUCACGUCUGCGGAGCGGCAGCACAAAACACAACAGCAACACACAACACAAAUUGUCCACCUUUGGCACGGGAAAAUUCGUACAGCAAAAUAGUCGCUGGAGGGCAACGUAGCAGUCACACAGAUGUGGCAGCACUCGAUCCUAUGCCAAACAAGAAACCACAGUUGUGGGUCGACAUUUCACGGGAAGACACAACUCGCGCGGUGGACGCUGUGGUAAGCCCGUUGGAGGCGCUGAAAUUGGCGACAGGAUCAUCAACUGAACAGCCAGUGUGGGCACAACCAUUCCCGACUCCAUCAGCAUCACAGCAUGAAAGUGAGUGGCAUACUACCACUAGCAGUAGCGCCCCGGCAGGCGUUUACAGUCCCUUUGGCCUUGGGUUUGAUGGCGGCAUUCAUUGUGCAGGUAGCGUCGGAGAGAUUGGGACGAAGUCGCCAGCGCCCAGCGACGUCUGGGGAUCCUCAAGUACGAUGGACAAUGCUCUCAACUCGUUUCCGUCUGCGACCUCGUCGAUGACAGCCUCCACAAACUCAUCAUCGUCGUUUGCGUCAAUCGAUGCGAUUUUCAGCCACCGAAACGAUUCGUCAGAGGCACUUGCAGGGUUGCUCGGUGUCCAGUUAGCGCCCAACUUACUGGCGCAUGGUGCACCUUUGGCAGGACCGCCUGACGACGGACAUGCCUCACGUUUUUCGUUCGCGAAUCCUGUUGACGUUAGUCGUGAUGGUACAAAUCAGGCCCCGGCUCGCUAUGAGUUGCUAGAUGGAACGACGACCAACAACCACGGCGCCGUUAGCAGGAUUGAUACUUCUCAUGCCGCGAGUGAUUUAAUGGUAUCUGCUGGAUAUACCUCAAUGACGGACCGGUCCGGUUUUCCACCAUUCCAAGGCUACCAACAGCAGCUGCACCACACGCCGCCACCGCUGCACCCUUCAAGAGCUUCGUCGGGAGAUGACAUGUGCAACAGUGUGCUGCCACAUAGCGGUACUCGUGCACUAGGUGUGGAUUCCAAUGGGCUUGCGUUUCUCCAGCAGAUGCUACCGAAUGUGAACAUUAGCCUCGGAGGUGACUAUUCUGGACUGUCUGGACCAUCUUUAGGUGCGAUGGAAUCAGCGGUUUCAUCUGCUCACACUUCCAACGCGGCUCGCAGCAGUCCAGGACGUCGGCUGUUCGCGCGCAGCCAGUGUGCUGGUAACAAUCUCGUUUCACCGGAUUUGUGGGAGGGUGGAAGUCUCAGCGCUCUUGGCUUUGAUGAGCAAUCUCGUUCUCGACGGGCAACGACAGGGUUGUCAUUCUGCGGCCCGGCCCUUGUGCCACCGCCGUCCAGUGAAUUUCCGAGUAGCUUCUACGGCUUCAGCUCCUCCAAUUCGAACGCCGGUGAAAGCGAGUGUCUACUCAUGCGUGGUGACUUUGACAACGAUGCAUAUCGUCGCUCGAGCUCGCUGAUCGACAACAGCUAG